UUCCCAGCCACCUCUGAGGCCUCUGGACAGGGACUGCACCUCCCUCCUCUCUCAGCAAGGGGGCUCCAGACACUGCCCCAGCAGGGAAGUCUGGUGGCCUGGGCGUUCGGACAGGCCCUUGGGAAUGUCCAGGGCUCCAGGAAGAGAUGUCCUUGUGGCUGGAGGCCCCUGUGUCUGAUGUUCUUCCUGACUCUGCAGGGGAGCUGUGGAAACUGGAUGCACAGGAUGCAGGCAGCCAGGCCCUGAGAGGCAGCAGCUGCAUCCCCAUGGAGGAAGCCAGCAUGCCCCACUCGGCAGGGGGCACCUCGGGGGUGGGGCUGGAGGCGGCAGAGCCCACAGCCCUGCUCCCUGGAGUGAGGGCCCCUCCGGAGUCAACAGAGCUCCGUCCACAAAAGCGGAAAAAGGGGCCAGCCCCCAAAAUGCUGGGGAAUGAGCUGUGCAGCGUGUGCGGGGACAAGGCCUCCGGCUUCCACUACAACGUGCUGAGCUGUGAGGGCUGCAAGGGGUUCUUCCGCCGCAGUGUCAUCAAAGGGGCGCAAUACGUCUGCCACAGUGGGGGCCACUGCCCCAUGGACACCUACAUGCGUCGCAAGUGCCAGGAGUGUCGCCUUCGCAAAUGCCGCCAGGCUGGCAUGCGAGAGGAGUGCGUCCUGUCGGAGGAACAGAUCCGACUGAAGAAACUGAAGCGGCAAGAGGAGGAGCAGGCUCAGGCCACAUCCCUGUCCCCAAGGGCAUCCUCACCUCCCCGAGUCCUGCCCCAGCUCAGCCCAGAGCAACGGGGCAUGAUCGAGAAGCUGGUGGCUGCCCAGCAGCAGUGUCACAGGCGCUCCUUCUCUGACCGGCUCCGAGUCACGCCUUGGCCCGUGGCGCCGGACCCCCAGAGCUGGGAGGCCCGGCAGCAGCGCUUCGCCCACUUCACCGAGCUGGCCAUCGUCUCCGUGCAGGAGAUUGUUGACUUUGCCAAACAGCUGCCCGGCUUCCUGCAGCUCAGCCGGGAGGACCAGAUCGCCCUGCUGAAGACCUCUGCAAUCGAGGUGAUGCUUCUGGAGACAUCGAGGAGGUAUAACCCCGGGAGUGAGAGUAUCACCUUCCUCAAGGAUUUCAGUUAUAACCGGGAAGACUUUGCCAAAGCAGGACUACAAGUGGAGUUCAUCAACCCCAUCUUCGAGUUCUCCAGAGCCAUGAAUGAGCUGCAACUCAAUGAUGCCGAGUUUGCUUUGCUCAUUGCCAUCAGCAUCUUUUCUGCAGACCGGCCCAAUGUGCAGGAUCAGCUCCAAGUAGAGAGGCUGCAACACACCUAUGUGGAGGCCCUGCAUGCCUACGUCACCAUCCACCACCCUCAUGACCGACUGAUGUUCCCACGGAUGCUAAUGAAGCUGGUGAGCCUCCGGACACUGAGCAGCGUCCACUCAGAGCAAGUGUUUGCCUUGCGCCUGCAGGACAAAAAGCUUCCCCCGCUGCUCUCUGAGAUCUGGGAUGUGCACGAGUGAUCCCCCGUAUCUUCUGUUUUCUGGGCUGGCAGAGGCCCCAUGGCUGCCUCCUAGAGGUGGAACAGACUGAGUAGGGCAAACAUUCCUGGGAGCUGGGCAAAGGAGAUCCUCAUGUGGCAUUAAAGGAGAGUCAAAGGGU